UCCGCACCAGCAGCAACCUGGAUCCGAGGUGACCGGGACUAUAGGGGUGGAGGUGUUGCGGGUGAAAGGAGAAGGUGCGUUUGUGCGCGCGGUGUUUGUGCGUCUCUGUUGCGCGGAGGAGAUCCUGCGGUGGAGCGGAGGACAGCUUUAAACUUGCUACUUUCCAGUUUCUUUUCCUUUCCCUCCUCCUGGACAAAGGCAUCUGCCGUGGUGAGAUGUGAAGAGGCUUGAAGUAUGGCAUGCAAACAUGGUUUCUGCCAAGAAGAAGGAGAUGGUGACAGCGCCGCGCGCCGCUUCCGUCCGGACCCUCUUCUACUUUUUCUGUUUGACUGUUUGUGUGAAGAAAAUCUGUGGACAGACAAGGAAGGAUGAAAGGAUCUAUCCAGAGAAUUUUACACGCAUUUUAGACCGACUUCUGGAUGGUUAUGACAACAGGCUGCGACCUGGCUUCGGAGGGCCUGUGACUGAGGUCAAGACAGACAUUUAUGUGACCAGUUUUGGGCCUGUCUCAGAUGUUGAAAUGGAGUACACAAUGGACGUGUUCUUUCGACAGACGUGGGUGGACCGGAGGUUGAUGUAUGAGGGCCCCAUAGAGAUUCUGAGGCUCAACAAUCUGAUGGUGACUAAGGUGUGGACUCCGGACACCUUCUUCAGGAAUGGCAAGAAGUCGGUGGCUCACAACAUGACAGCUCCCAACAAGCUCUUUCGCAUCAUGAAGAACGGCACUAUUCUCUACACCAUGAGGUUGACCAUCAGCGCUGAAUGUCCCAUGAAGCUUGUGGACUUCCCCAUGGAUGGACAUGCAUGUCCCCUCAAGUUUGGAAGCUAUGCCUAUCCUAAAACUGAGAUGAUCUAUACUUGGACCAAAGGGCCUCAGCAUUCAGUGGAGGUCCCUCCUGAGUCCUCCAGCCUCGUUCAGUAUGACCUCAUCGGCCAGACGGUCUCCAGUGAAACCAUCAAAUCCAUCACAGGUGAAUAUGUGGUGAUGACGGUCUACUUCCACUUGAAACGUAAAAUGGGCUACUUCAUGAUCCAGACGUAUAUCCCCUGCAUAAUGACAGUAAUCCUCUCCCAAGUGUCCUUCUGGAUAAAUAAAGAAUCGGUCCCAGCACGCACAGUUUUCGGCAUCACCACUGUUCUGACCAUGACAACGCUCAGCAUCAGUGCUCGCCACUCCCUUCCUAAGGUCUCCUACGCCACAGCCAUGGACUGGUUCAUUGCUGUGUGCUUUGCCUUUGUUUUCUCUGCCCUCAUCGAGUUUGCUGCUGUUAACUACUUUACCAACACGGAGACUGAGCGGGCCAAGAAGAAGCCGGCCAAAUGUCCCCCGGUGCCCCAGAGCACACCUGUCAAGGUCAAGGACACAGAGGAAGUGCUGCAGCAAAACCCAGAUUCGAACGGCAACUUGAGGAAGCGGAUGAAUUACAUUACCCACCAAGACGUAGGCGCUCACCAGAGGGCCCAGUCCACCACCAACAUUUCAGGAGUGGGAAGGUCGAGACCGCUGCGACCAUUCGCCGGCGGAGCCAACGGCAGCUCGUCCACGCUCUCUCGUUCCAGCCCCAAGUCCGAGAGCCUGCUGAGCGUGGCCUCGUCCUCGGCCCAGCUGGUGAAGAGUACGCCUCAGGCCGCUGCCUCCACACCGGACGUGAUGGCGGCGACGCCGUGCAAGCAGAACGCCAGCUCCUCCUCGUCUCUGCAGCAUCUGCUAGGGCCAAAGCUGGAGCACAUCCAGAUGAUGGGCAAUAAACUGGAGAUAAAGCAGACCCCGUGCUCGCAGCCCACCACUGCUGGGAUGGGUGGAACCAGCAAAAUAGACAAGUACGCACGGAUCCUGUUCCCAGUUUCCUUUGGGGCUUUUAAUAUGGUCUACUGGGUAGUUUACCUAUCAAAGGACACCAUGGUGGCUAAAGGUGGCUAAAAUCUGAUUGCAAAAAAUGCAGAAGAAUCAUUUUCUUUGAUUGAUGGAUGGAAAUAAGGAUUAUGGGUAUUUGCAAACAGUAACAGGAAACUGCGGUUCUUGCCAAACUUUUGACAAAAUGUGCUUGCCGAGCAAAUCCACAACCUGGAGAAGACAUUCAGAAUGUGUUUAUUUUUUCCUUCUUAGGGUCCUCGUACAGCAAGCAUGGGAACAAAUCAACCAAAUUAGAAAUAUCUGACUCAACAUAAGAAAGAACACCUGCACAAUACGGAAUAUGCUACUGUCCUCUUUUUAUCACGCUACGUUGGACUGUAAAAGGUCUUCAUCGGCUUCAACUGCCUGCUGAUCCCUUUUGGCCUGCAGUCGAGAUGAAACAUGGGAUUUUUUUCAUUUUCCUAUUUUUGUACCCUGCACUUGGUGAGAUGUUUGGAUGUGUGUACCACAGUCCUAAACAAACUGCAUUACUGCUAUGUAAAUACAUAUCGUAAAUAUAUAUAUUUAUUAGGAAAACUGAUUUAUAUUUCAUGAUUACAGUGUACUAACAAUUGAAUUCUUGUUGCUAUGGUACCUGUGCAAGCAGGCAAGACAAUGCCAAGGUAAAUGAUCAUCAAGUACUAAAAGAUUCUGGUGGUAUUCACUUAUUUUAAUAACCUCUUUACAGUCACCAGGUUGAGAUGUAUCUAAGGGUUAGGAUAAGGGUUACACCUGAGCUAAGCUAACUCAUGCAGUUUAGACUGUGUUUUAGCCACAUGCUAAACACGGAAUGUAGAUUUUAUCUUUCAAAUUACGUCGAAUCCAGGUAUUUUGUGCUUACAGUUCCUCUAUUAGCCCUAAUCCUAAACCUAGGGG